AUGGAGAUUCGAGAACGUGUCCUAACCCAUGGGGCCUCGCUUCCUACUCGUGCAGGGUCGUCAAAAAAGAAGAACAACAAGAAGAAGAAGAACGCCAACAAGAACAAGGCUGCUGAGCAACCUGUUAGUGGUAGUUCAGACCCUCAACAGGGUUCAGAUAAAGAGACCCUCGAAGACGAGCCCGAGACACCCACUCAGCCCGAAACUCCAGUCAAUGCAGACGCAGUCAAUGCAGACGAAGUCGUAAACGAAGAAGCUCCUCCUGCCUACAGUAACGGGCAUGCCGUAGAGCCUAAGGCUCAGAGCAACGGGCUCACACCCCCUCCAGUUGAUGGCGAAAAGGAAAAGCCCGACGAUUCAGAUACCUCCGCCAAGCUAGAGGCCAUGAGCCAGGAACGAGAGGCCUUGCGGGCCGAGGUCGAACAGCUACGGAAGCAGCUCGAGAAUAUCCAAGAGACGCAUAGCAAUGAAGUCACACAACUCAAGAGCGAUCUAGAGGAGAGCAAUGCUGCCAAGGAGAAUGCCGAAGAAGAAUACCAGACCCUUCUUGGUCGAGUUGAGAAGAUUAAACAGACGCUGAGCGACCGGUUCAAGCGUGACAAGGCAGAGCUCGAAGAAAGCAAAGAGCGUAUAGAAGAGCUCGAGGCAGAGAAUGAGGAACUAAGAAAUAACGCUGUAUCGUCUGGAGACGAUGUCGCCAAGCUAAAGGAGGAGCUACAAGAUGCGACCAGGGAGCUCAACACUCUUCGAAGUCGCAACAACCUAUCAGCACAAAACUGGAGCAAGGAGAAGGAAGAAUUGGUCCGACAUGUUCAACAUCUUAAGGAGGAGAUGGAGACCACAGCCAAUGCCAUGGGCGAAUGGGAAGUUAUCGCCAUGGAAGAGCGAUCCAUUAAGGAGAGCUUGGUCGACAAGGUCUCGGAGCUAGAGGAACAAGUUACUAUCCUACGACAAAACUACGAGAACGCCACUACAGAGCGAGAGAGCCAAACGACCCUUAUCGAAAACCUACAGAACGCCCUCCGCGAAAUCCAAGAUGCUCGCAAGAAGGAGCUUCGCGAUAUGGUCGAAACAACCGAGGCGCAAGUCCAAGCUCUCAAGAAACAGGUGCAAGAAGCCGAUGCCCGCGCAAAGGAAGCUGAAGAAGCCAAACAAACGCUCUCACAAGAGCUUGAGCGAACAGCGCCUUACGAGAAGGAGGUCAAGGAGAAGAACCUUCUCAUUGGAAAGUUGAGACAUGAGGCGAUUGUGUUGAACGACCACUUGACGAAGGCACUACGGUACCUCAAGAAGACAAAGCCGGAAGACAAUGUUGACAGACAAAUCGUCACAAACCAUCUCCUCCACUUCCUCACACUCGACCGCGGUGACGCCAAGCGUUUCCAGGUCCUCCAAGUAAUGGCUGGCUAUCUCAACUGGACAGACGAGCAACGAGAGCAAGCCGGUCUCGCUCGUCCAGGCACAUCAUCUAAUUCUCUCCGCCUACCCAUGUCACCAUUUACACGCACACCAAGCUCACCAUCUCUCAGCACCGAUCUCUUCAACGAGUCAACAUCGGCCAAAGACAAAGAGUCUUUGUCUGAGCUAUGGGCAAACUUCUUGGAGCGCAGCGCACAGGAGGGCGCUCUGGAAACACCAAGUAGGAAGGGUAGCACUAGCAGUGCUGCUACGGGACCAGUGAGGCCAGAGUCGACAAGGCCGGAGUCUAAGACAUAA